CAGAUCUGCCCCGUCUUCAUCAGCCAGCAGUGCGCUACGGUACGGCAGCAGGGGUGGCAGAGAGCAGCCGCGCUCGUAGUAGACGUAUUCCUGUCCUUACCAGCGGUUUUCCAGCGGCCGGCGGGGGAGGAAGAACAGAGAAAUCAAGGCUGCAGCAAACAAUUAAUCAACAUGGGCAUCCGAAAGAAAUCUAGCAAGAACCCGCCUGUCUUGAGCCACGACUUUGUUAUCCAGAACCAUGCAGACAUCGUUUCCUGUGUUGCUAUGUUGUUUCUGCUCGGGUUGAUGUUUGAGGUUACUUCCAAAGUGGCUGUUUUGUUCAUUACCGUCCAGUAUAAUGUUACUAUUUCAGUAAAUGAAGGUCCUGAGGAAACCACGGUGAACUAUUUUCAUCAUGGUCUGAAGGAUUUGGCCACCGUUUUCUUCUACAUGCUGGUGGCGAUUAUCAUGCAUGCCAUCAUCCAGGAAUAUGUUCUGGAUAAAAUCAACAGGAAGAUGCAUUUUUCCAAAACGAAGCACAGCAAGUUCAAUGAAUCUGGGCAGCUCAGUGCCUUCUACUUGUUCUCCUGUGUUUGGGGAGCGAGCAUCAUCAUGUCGGAAAAUAUUUUGGCUGACCCUGCCAGUUUAUGGGAAGGAUAUCCCCACCGCUUAAUGCAAUUCCAGAUGAAGUUUUUUUACAUCUGUCAGCUGGGAUAUUGGUUGCAUGCUUUCCCAGAGCUGUAUUUCCAGAAAACCAAAAAGGAGGAUAUUCCACGCCAGGUGGUGUACAUUAGCCUCUACCUGGUCCACAUCGCGGGCGCAUAUCUCCUCUCCUUGAAUCGCCUGGGCCUGGUCCUGUUGGUGCUGCACUACUUCGUGGAGCUCCUGUUCCACAUGUCCCGCCUCGUGUACUUCAGCAAUGAGAACAGGCAGACUGGGUUCACGGUGUGGGCUGUUCUCUUCGUCCUCGGCCGGCUGCUUACGCUGUCUCUGUCGGUGCUGGCGGUGGGGUUCGGCCUGGCGGGCGCCGAGCAGCAGGGCCUGGACAUCGCCGAGGGCAACUUCAAUGUUCUGUUUGUCAGGAUCACCGUGCUGGCUGCGAUCUGUCUGACCCAGGCGUUCAUGAUGUGGAAAUUCAUCAACUUCCAGCUGCGGAGGUGGAGAGAGCGUGCCCAGGCUCAGGCAGUGAAGAAGAAGGCGGCUCCUGCUAAAAGCAGGUCAUCUAAAAAAGACAAAGCUAACGGUGUGAACGGGGCACUUACUCCCAAUGGAGCAGAGUCUUCUAGAGUUAAGAAAGAGAAGUCAUCGUAAUAAAGACGCAGAGCCUCCACCAAUGAGCCAGCACCUCCCCCAGUCCUCUGCAUUCCAGAAUCCGCCCCUUACUCGAGGAACGCGUUUUGUUCUUUAUUCUGUCAAAUGGGAAGUAUAAUUUACUGCAAGGUCUCAAAGCAAAUAAGCAGGGCACGUGCUUGGUCACAAUCAAUGUUAGAAAGCAUCAAUUUGCAACCUAAAACUGUAUGAAAGCUCAAAAUCCACAAAGAUAUGAAAGUGCCUAAUAGAUACAUGCUGGAAAUUUAGGUGUAUUAGAAAUUCUCCACAUUGGCACAUGUGAGACCGUGCUGUGGGAAACUGUUGUUUUUACCAUCCGUUGUGUAUGGUUCUCACACAGAGUUGGCUUUGAUCAGGUCUUGCAAAAUCGUUUUAAAAGAUCCCCUUCUCCUGCUGCAAAUCCUGGUGUCCUCCUCGCUGUUCUCAAAGUUACAGUAGAAGUUUGUUAUUGGUGAUUAAGGAACAGUAUUCUGAAAUAACCCAUUUCAAUGUUCAGGAAAUUAACGGCAUUUCAGUACAGGGUAUCUGGGGAGCCUUUACAGACAUCUGGAUGCCAACAUGACUGAUUUUACACAGGAUGAGACUUCAGUGCAAAUGGAUAUACAAUACUGAGGUUAUAUUUUUAACAAACCCUCAGUCUUGGAAAAGCAACCACUUAACCUAUAAAAAAGAUGUCUUAAUCUUCUUGCUUUUAAUGCAACUAGAAAUGACCAAAACAUUGUUUCACUUUUUUCAUUGGUUCUAGUCGUCUUUUGUUCUUGUAAUUUAGCUUCAGACAUGAUCCCUCUUAUCGAAGACCUUAAGAGCAAGUCGCGGCAGGGUAAUAUUUUGGCAGUAUUGAGUAGGAGACCAGCACCUGUGGUUGUCAAGCCAGUCUUUUCACUAUGCCAAAUGUGGCUGAAGCUAAUGUUUCCAUUCCAAACCCUGUCAAGUGUACUUAGUUAUUUUUUAACACAACCAAUUAGUCUGCUUUGGGUUUGAAUAUUGCAAAUCUUCUUCUCAGGAAUGUGGUCUUUGUGCGCUUCUGUGGACCUGACUAAAAGCUGACCCAAAGGGAUCAGCUGAGUUUUGUACCCAAAACGACCUUGGUAGUUCAAUAUUGAAACUACAUUGUAGCAUUUAAAACCAAGGUGUUUCAUUCAUUGAUUUUUUUUUUUGCACAGGAGGAUAUAUAAUAUAUGCGUGUGGUGUCAAAAUUGUCAGCUUCUUGUUGUGUGUAAAUAAAUUUUAUUCCAUACCUUUUGGUAAAAAAAAUAGGAUUGGAAAAGGCUUUCAUCUUAAUUACUGGCAUUUUCACUUCUUGUCCUGUCCUGUCCUGUCUUGACGGUGUUAACUGACGAUUUGAAACGGUGGUAAGCACUAUCAGUUCCGUGGGAUGUGUUCAGAGUGGAUUGCUGGGAAGGAGUUAACAUGAAAUUUUGGGAGUUAACACCGAAACAGAGCCAAGAGCUUUGUCUUUUUUCCACCCCAUAGUGUCUUUGUCUCCGAUUUGAAAAUUGUGAUCAUAAAACGGGUUACAAAAGAAAUAAAUAUACAUCAUUCUUUUGUUUAUAGGAUGCAUUUACUUAUUCAAUCGAAGGGUAAUUCUAUAUGAGAACUGAGACAUUAAUUGCCAUUGAUUCAAGGCCAGUGAAAGGAUUUAUUUAGACAUGAAAUCAAGUUCUGCGAAGUGACAAUUGCGAGAAGUUAAACUGCAUUAUUAAUGGAAAUGACAGGUGAUUUCCGAUUCCUCUCCAUGACCUUUUCAAGCCAUCUUGCAUACAACAUACAAGCUUAGGUUUUUAAAAGGGAAACAGAAUACUGUGCUGUUUUUUUUUAAAUAUGUGCAUAUAAAUACACUGAUUAAAAUCAAAUCUUUUACUUAUAUACCUGGAAAACAUAUUUUUUAGAUAAAGAUCUAUAUUUAUACAACUUUGAAGACAGCUGUUUCUUUCUAUAUAAGUGAAAGUGUUUGAAAAAGAAAUUAAGAUGUUUUAAUAAUGACCAAGUUUUUCCAUUUUUUUUUUCCAAUCGUCAGAUUUGUAUGCCUAUGUAACUUUACACCUUGUAUGAAAACUAUGGUUAUGGCUUCAAUGGUUAUAAUUAAACUGACAGAGGUUCCUUGUGUGUUACAGGAUUCAGUAAGUUAAGCCUCUUGUUAGGUCUUGUGUGGAAAUGGUCUGAAAUAAAGGAAAAGGCUGGGAUGCAGA